UGCACCUGGUGCUGCGCCUCAGAGGUGGCAUGCAGAUCUUCGUGAAGACCCUGACUGGCAAGACCAUCACCCUCGAGGUGGAGCCCAGUGACACCAUCGAGAACGUCAAGGCGAAAAUCCAGGACAAGGAGGGCAUCCCCCCUGACCAGCAGAGGCUGAUCUUUUCCGGCAAGCAGCUGGAAGAUGGCCGCACCCUGUCCGACUACAACAUCCAGAAGGAGUCCACCCUGCACUUGGUCCUGCGUCUGAGGGGAGGUGUCUAAGUUCCCUCUCAAGCUUUAACAAAUAUCACUGCACUUUUCUUUCAAUAAAGUU